AUGAGCAGAAGUCGACGCGGAAAACCUGAUCAGAUUUUGUGCCGUGGGACUGAACGCUACACUGUAUCUAAAAGUCUGAGAUUGUUGCAACAUGCCACGGCGGACCGUACAAGAAGUAACUGUUCAAGACGUGCAAAAGAGAAGAAACCCCAACAAACACUAUGUUUACAUUAUCAAAGUGGCUUGGUCUGAUGGCAGCACUGAGAUCAUUUUCAGGCGCUACAGUAAAUUUUUCGACCUUCAGAUGGAGCUUCUGGAUAAAUUCCCUGUGGAAGGUGGACAGAAGGAUCCAAAACGCAGAAUCAUUCCCUUUUUACCAGGAAAGAUUCUCUUCAGAAGAAGCCACAUCAGAGACGUGGCCAUGAAACGCCUGAAACCCAUAAACGAGUACUGUAGGGCCCUGAUCCAGCUGCCAGUGUAUAUCUCCCAAUGUGAGGAGGUUCGUUUGUUCUUUGAGACGCGUCCUGAAGACCUGAACCCACCGAAAGAGGAACCCAGUGGAAAAAAGAAAUCCGGCAUUGUGGAGCGAGCGACUUCUUUCCGAAAGAGAGGAGGAGACUCGUCCUCAUCCGAUGCGCUGCUGCUGGAGCAGUAUGUGGCCGUCACCGACUACGAGAAGCAGGAGAGCUCUGAGAUCAGUCUGUACGUGGGGCAGGUGGUGGAGGUCAUCGAGAAGAACGAGUCUGGUUGGUGGUUUGUCAGCACUGAGGACGCUCAGGGUUGGGUACCAGCCACGUGUCUGGAAGUUCAGGAUGACCCUGAUGAUUUCUCUCUCCCGGCUGAAGAAGAGGAAAAGUACACUGCAAUCUAUCCAUACUCUGCACGCGAUCAAGAUGAAAUCGAUUUGGAGAGAGGCAUGACUGUUGAGGUCAUUCAAAAAAACUUAGAAGGCUGGUGGAAGAUCAGAUACCAAGGAAAAGAGGGGUGGGCCCCGGCAUCCUACCUGAAGAAGGCUGAUAUCCUCAGUCAGAAGAUGGCUGCUGGCGCUCCAUGUCAUGCCAGCACUAAUGACCUAGAUGUGGCUUCUAAACAGCAGAAUGCCAACAAGGAGAACCAGCGCGACCGAUUUUCACCAUUUUCAGAAAGCAAGUGCAAAGCAGGAGCACGACAGAGACCUCCACCACGCCGGGAUCUUUCAAUACCACGAGGAGCGAAUCUGCCUAAACCUCCAGUGCCCCCACAAGUAGAGGAGGAGUAUUACACCAUAGCUGACUUUCAGACAACCAUCCCAGAUGGCAUUAGCUUCCAGGCAGGAGUGAAAGUUGAAGUCAUUGAGAAGAACUCUAGUGGCUGGUGGUACAUUCAGAUAGAUGAUAAAGAAGGCUGGGCUCCAGUCACAUUCAUUGAUAAAUACAAGAAAACCAGCAAUGCCUCUAGGCCUAACUUUUUGGCCCCGGUUCCUGGUGAGAUGGGUCAACUGAAGCUUGAUGAUCCCUCAAGCAAUAAUACCAACUCUGAGAACAGUUGGUCCAAACCUCUACCAGAUGAACCUUUAUCCAAGUCUGAUUUCUCCACCCGUUCCAAGAUGAGAGAAUGGAAGCCCAAUGCAGUUAAAGGCAGCUCCCAUUAUUCAGGGCCCUUACCACCUCCUCCAUCCUCACCCACGGCUGAAGAGAAGCCAGCUUUACCGCCAAGGAGAGAAUCUAUCAACAAGAGCCUGGAGUUGGAGGACAAACCCAAACCAGACCUUCCUAAACCUCUCCCACCCAAACCACCAGUCCCAGGAGUCAUUGUCCCAUUGGUGACUCCAAAAGCAGCUCCUCUUAAGCCAGACAAACCCCCAGAGAUAAAGGAGGAGAAGAACAAGCAGCUCUACCUGCGCAAUGAGAUGGGCUUGGAGUGUGGCCACAACAUCUCAGCCAAGGAGGUGAAAAAGUUCAACCUUAAGCCUGUGGCCAAGCAGCCUCCCAAACCCAAAGCAGAUUCGCAAGAAGACAAGCCGUAUUCAGCCAACCCAGCCCCGUUCCUCAAGCCGAAACCAGUGGUUAGACCAAAGCCCCCACCUGCAGCCAAACCAGAGCCAGUGGCCAAGAAUGAGCUGGACAUCACAAACCUUCGGAGUAAGCUUCGUCCAUCUAAACCUCCAGAGUUCAGCAGCAACUCGACUGAUCCCAACCAGCAGAGUGAAACUCUCCUGAAUAAUGCCAGAACAAACGAAGAGUCAAAGUUCCCCAACAAACUACAAAACGGUCAUGAUCCAUCAGAAACUACUAAACCACCACCAACAACAGCCCCAAAAGAUCCUCCCCAGAGGCCUUCUUUGGUACCUAGAAGACCUCCUCCACCAAAGAAGAUCUCUGAGCUGGCCGGUCCUACAGACACCAAAGCACCCCAAAAAGACUUGCCAGAGGGCAAGCCAGCCAUCCCUCCUCAGAUCAGACCCCCGCCGCCCAAAACAAAACCAAAGGAGAAGGAGGAACCCAAGGCAAAAGUACCUGUGCCACCAAAGCCCCACAUUAAGACAGAAAAACCUGCGCCUCCAAGAGACAAACUCCCACCCCUUAUCAAGGAUCCGGCCAAGGAGGAGCUGUUCUUAGCUGUGGCGGACUUUGAAGGAGACGAGCAGACGCCUGGCUUUAAAGAGGGCGCAGUUUUCGAAGUUCUGGAGAAAAGCAGCAGCGGCUGGUGGUUUUGUAAAAACGUGAGCGAUGGGCCAGUGAUUGAGGGCUGGUUCCCUUCCAAUUACCUGACCAAGAAACCUUAGGUACUCUUGACAUGGCUGCCUAAAGAAAACUUAUUUAAUUAACAUCCUUUAUUUAUGGAUACCUUUUUUUAAAAUGACAUUCCAUCCUUCGCAAGUUCAAACAGGCCAUAAUAAUUUGUUUGCUUGCUUUUUUGUAACUCUUUUCCCUUUUGGGGAAAAACCAUGUGUGCUUUCAUAUGUUAGCACUGAACAUCAAGGCUCUUGCCUUGAUUCAUAUAUUAAUCAAAUUAAUCAUUUAUCACUAAAGGUUUAGGUGACUAGCAAUAUAUAAAUGACUUUUCGCAGCCUUCGUGAUAUUGUGCCUCAAAAUAUGCAAAGUGCUUUUGCCGUAGAUUAUGCAAAACGUGAUGUCUGAGCAGUGUCUAUCAGCGGAUUCGAAAUUCAAUAUUACGCAUACUAGUAAUCCGUAUAGUAGCAGGCUUGAGCUUACAUGGCAUAGCCUGGAGUACUUGUUAAACUAGCUUCAUUCCAUUUUGAAGCUUUUAGUUUACAAAAAUUGGUCUGCUUUUUUGUUCUAACACUAAAAAGACUUUACGAAUCAUGUUGCUUAUUUAUCUAAUUUGUUUUUUGUUUCAGUCUGCACUUUUUUAUAGACUUUGCGUAGAAGUCUACACUGCAGAACCAAUGAGUAAAGGGAAGGUGCAAAACAAGGAGAAACAGGAAACAAACACAUGGCCUUAAGGUUUACAGAACAGUGGCAUCCAUUUCUAGUUUAAUUUUCACAGUUGAUUUGUCACAUGAAUGUUCUAGUAAACAUUGAUUUUAAAAAGCAGCCCCUUUUGCAGUACCAAUCAUACAUUAGUGAAUAACAGAAUACCUCAGCCAUGAUAUCGUCAUUAUUUUAUAUGUCAGUAUUGCCCUAACAAAGCAUUUUCAUAUCACUGACAAAGGUGCUUAGAUAUUUUACAGUCAUUGUCAGAUGUUUUAACAUUCAUGCUCGACUGGUUUCAAGCAUACAUUUGAUAAACAUGUUUAUUUUUAACACUACAUUUGAAAAUGUGGUUUAUUAUGUUACUGAAAUAUUUCUUGUCUUUUUUGACUAUUUUGUUUUCCAUUCAUUUAUCCGAAAAAGUGUUAAAUAGGUGCCCAGUCUGACCCGACAAUACCAGGAGCACUGAAAAUAUGCUCAUUUUGCUCUAUGGUCAUCAGCUCCUAGUUGCUAUGAAAUGCAUUCAUACUCCAAUCAACUCGAUCUAUUAAAUAAUGUACAACAAAUGAAAGUGCCUGACUUUGGCAAGGAUAAUGGAAGGUGUUUGUGAAGCUGAGAAAUUAUUGCAAGAAAAUGAGUAUGAGGGAAAAAAAAAUUAUAAUAUGAAGGAUAACAGAGAGAAGAGGGUAAAUAUUCAACAGAAUAUGUUGAAACUCAAACCACAAAAAAAAAAAAAGAAACAAAGGCAAGAUGACAUGGAUAACCUGUUUGUUUGUAUUUUUUAAGCAUUUCUGUGAUGUUUUGUCCUUAGUAUUUCAAGUUUGAUUUUUAACUUUGUCUUAAUGUAAAUCAAAUAAACAUUUCAAAUAGUCAAAA